ACAUACGAACACGCCCCAUAUGUUGACAUCUAGCGCAUGUGGCAUCAAGACAGCGGGCGCACGGACUUGUGAGUCUUCUGUCGCGCCUGUUAUGCGUUAUUCGCAGCGCAGGCCGAGGCUUUAGAGUGUUUGUCAAUCUUAGUACUUCAACCGUUCCCGAAGAAACAACAUGAUCGACUUCCAAGCCGUAGUUAUGGCCGCCGGUCGUGGUUCUCGGCUCACCGAGCUCUUGACCGCGGACUGCUUCAAGUACCAGCUGCCCGUCGCAAACUUGCCCAUGAUCUACUACCCACUGCGGGCGCUCAAAAACGCCGGCUUCUCCGAGGCCAUCGUCGUCUUGCCGUCGUCCGCACGGGCUCGAAUCGACGAUUCGCUGGCGGAUCGCGUUGGGCUUCGACUCGACUACGAGUUCGUCGCCGCUUCCGCCGGCGAAGAGGACCUGGGCACUUUGCAGAGCCUGCGCCAGAUCGUCGCCAAGGGCAAGAUCAAGAAGGACGUGUUCGUCGUCGGCUGCGACUUGGUGACCGACUUCGAUUUCACGCACGUCGCCAACCUGCAUCGCGUCCGUAACGCGACCAUGACCGCUCUGCUCGCGCCCACGUCGCAGUCGCUUCGAGAGUCGCCGGUGCCGGGAACCCGCGGCAAACCGAAACUCGAGCGCGACUUGGUGGGUAUCGAACCCGGCACCCAGAGGCUCGUGCUGUUCAACGCGGAGGCCGACUUCGAGGAGACCGUCACCGUGCGACGGAAGGUACUCAAAGAACAUCCCGUCAUUGACGUGCGGUCGGACUUGGUCGACGCUCACGUUUACCUUUUGAACAAGUGGCUUCUCCCGUACCUGCUCAAGGACGACGGCAUUACGACUAUCAAAGGCGAGCUCGUGCCGUUGUUGACGAGGUAUCAGUUUAAGAACUGCGCCGAAGUCACGGAAACUGACAUAUUCAGGUAUGCUCCACUCAGCGGAAGUGAUCUUCUUGGUGUGGAUCUCGGAGACGAGUUUAACUUGGGUGACACGGGCACCCAAAAGAAUCCUAUACGCUGCUACGCCUAUGUCGCUGAAGGAGCAUUUUUAGUUCGAACAAACACUGUCGCUGGAUAUAUGGAGGCAAAUCGACAGGCUCAUCAGCUGAGCAAGGAAAUCUUCCCACACGUUGCCUCUGGCCGUUUCGACAACAUUGUCGCUGACAAAGUUGAGUUUGGUGAGAAAUCGUCCGUCCGCCACUGUGUUCUCGGCCAGAACUGUCGGAUUGGAGCCCAGGCCAAGGUGUCAGACUCUGUGCUUCUGGACGGUGUAAUGGUUGGUGACGGCGUGAGCAUACAGGGUUGCAUCGUCUGCGGGGUGCAAGACAUUGGCUCUGGCGCAGUGCUCAAAAACUGCAUAGUGGCCCACAAGAAGAAUGUCGCUUCUGACGCCAAGCAUGCCAACGAAGUCCUUGGAACCUUCGUGGAGAUUUAGCAGUAACAUUAAAAUGAGCAAAAUGUUUGAA